GCUCUUCGUACUUCAGAAAAUGAGGAUGAUGAAGAUUCCACUUCGGAGGAAGACGAGGAUGAUAAAUUCGACGAUGACAAAGGAGAUGAUCAUCAUGACGAUGAAACUGAUGAUGAUGAUGAUGAUCUGGGUGGAGAUGGUGUUGGUGCUGGUCAGGAUGAGGCUCACACGGGCGAUGUUCGUAACGAUGAGGGUGUUGUUGUCCCCGCGGUUGUUUCGAGGGAUGAUGAUACCGGCAAGGUCGAUGAUGCCAAGAAUUCUGAAACUGUGGAACCUAUUGCAGAUAUCAAACAGGUGUGUUUCUUGUUUGGACAUCAUUUUUGGUUUGUGCUUUUUUUUGUGUCUUUAUGUGUUUUGUGUUUGUUUUAAUAGUGUUUUACUGUUUUUUUUGUUAUCAGCCUGAUCAGUCUCAAGGUGGGGAGGAGAACAUUGAUGUUGAUGCAACAAUUGCAUCUGCUGUUAAAGCUGUGGAGAAUUUGAUUGGUUCCUCAACUCAUGCCCCUGCUCCUGUUGACACUUCUGAGAAGACUAAUCUUGAAAUGGUUGUUUUUCAAGAGACUCCUAUUUUACGUCCUCAAAAGAGGGAUCGGAAGAAAGGAGCUGUUUUGAAAUCCCCAUUCAUUGAGCUUGCUUCUGGUGCAUCUAAAUCAGGUUCAUCCUCGGUUUCUCCUGAUGAUUCUGUGUAUAAGGUCGUUAAAUAUGUGCGUGGUUUGUGCCCGUUGGACAACAAGAUUGGUGAACCUGUUGAUCCGCAAUUGGAAGCUGAUUUUGUCAAGUGGGUUGAUUCAGGUCUUAGAAAGCACAAAUCUAAGUAAGUAUUUUUGUAGGUGUUUUCAGUUGUAUAUCUGUUAUUGUUUUCUAUUUAUUUUUAUUUUUUCAUUUCUGUUUUGAUAUUUUUUUAUUUGUUUUUUUUUAGCACAACAACUAAUGUGUAUUGUAAGGGUAAGGACACUAUAUUUCCGCCAUUUCGUUUUGGUGUUGAGGACAUCAGCAACAAGAUGUGGUUUCACAACCUUGCCUACCCUAAUUGUUUCCUUACCAAUUCUGUAAGUUUUUAUUUUAUUAUUAUUAUUAUUUUACAUAUUAUUUUUUUUAUCUAUUUUUUUUUUAAUGUUUUUAAGUGUUGUUCUGUUAGUUUUUCAUAAGUUUGAAUGUUUUUUCACUUACUUUUUUUUAUCUGUUUGUUCAGCACAUUGACAUCAUUUUCUAUUAUCUUCGUAAGAAAAUAAUGUACUCAGCCGAGCCGAAAAUCAAAGUCACCACAACUGAUUGCCUCUUUUGUUCUAGCAUAACAACUUUGUAUGAGAGGUUUGUUGAGAAAAACAACGAUAUAUCGGUGUUGUCUCUUUCUCACAAUGUGGCCCAGUACAUUCAAGGUGGUAAGAUAUUAUGUGCCACUCCUUGGCAUUUGGUUGAUCAUGUUAUUAUGCCUAUCAAUGUAAAAUUACAGGAUCAUUGGAUUUGUGGUCGUCUUAACAUAGUUGACAGGCGCAUAUAUCUGUA